AUGAGUGCUGAUAAUAGCAGUGAAAGCCAUAGCAAUAGUUCAGAUAACUUAAGUAACCCGGGGUCUAGCGGGGGAGCUGGGUCCAAGAAACCAAGAAACUUACAUAUUGCACAUAGACGUUCGCCAAGUGAGUUGACCACACUCAUGGUGGAGCAAUAUAAUCUCCAGCGCCAGUUGGAACAGGUGCAAUUGCAACAGAAGCAGAUUAUGCAAGCGCAGCAGAUGACACAGCAAUAUAGCUAUCCAUCUAAAAAUAGCGGUGGCAACAACAGUGGAGGAAGCAAUACAAACACCAAUGCUUCCGAGUUGAUGCCUCCACCCUCCAACUACCGCUCACACUCGAGAUCAUCGUCGAUCAAUUCGAACAGCGGAGGCAGUGGUCAGGGCCAUAGAAGAACUGGGUCGGCUUCGAACCAGAAUAUGGGCCACAACAGAAGACAUUCUUUGGGAUUGAAUGAAGCAAUCAAAGCUGCUGCGAACCAAAGACAAACAAAUAGAACAUCUUUGAGCCCAACGGGUGAUAAUUCUAGUUCUAGUCCAAAACCCAGUACUAGUCCUAAUACCGAUGAUAGUAUUGGAUCGUUUAAAUUUCCUCCAAGUUCAGGUUCCGAGGGUGGUGAUAAUGAUUCUUCACUUUCAGGUGGGUCUUCUGGAUCUACGCAUAAUAGAUCUAAGUCAUUAGCCUACGGACAGCAAUCAUUUAAAUUUCCUCCGGAAAAUAACUCAUUAUUACCUCCAACCCCGAACUUCACCAUCAGUCAAAGUCCAGAGAGAGGCCAUCAAAGACGUGGUUCUCACUAUAGAUCUGGCUCGAGAAAUUUUGACCCUAAUGGCGCUGCCAAUAUGAAUACGAACUGGAGAUCACAACAGCAGCAACACCACAGACAACAGUCACAACUUGAGCCUCCUCAAGCCUCAUUUGUCCCCGGUCAUAGACCGCGUAAUAGCUCGUAUGGUGGAGGCUCAUCUAUUUCCUCGUUAUCUCAGUUUAUGCCAAAUAAUAAUGGAGGAGGUGGAAACGGAAGUGGCCGUAAAUCUCUCUUUGCUCCUUACUUGCCUCAAUCUUCGUUACCUGAAUUAAUCAAUGACGGUCGCUUAGUUACUGGUACCUUAAGAGUAAAUAAAAAGAAUAGGUCGGAUGCUUACGUUUCAACUGAUGGCUUAUUAGACGCCGAUAUUUUCAUCUGUGGUUCAAAGGAUCGUAAUCGUGCUUUGGAAGGUGAUUUAGUAGCGAUUGAAUUAUUGGUUGUCGAUGAAGUUUGGGAUUCCAAGAAGGAAAAGGAGGAGAAGAAGAGAAGAAAGGACAAUACCUUAGGUAAGACUCCAGCCACCUCAAUAAUGAACGAUGACAUUCACAAUGAUGCAACUUCCACAUCAGCACCUACAACAAGUGGUGAAACAGAGGACAAAUCUGAAGCUGAUGGGGAUUCAGGUUUGACAAGAAGAGGCUCAUUGAAGCAAAGACCUACAAUGAAGAAAAAUGAUGAUGUUGAAGUUGAAGGUCAAUCGUUGCUUUUGGUUGAAGAAGAGGAGAUCAACGACGAAGUCAAGCCAUUGUACGCAGGACAUGUUGUUGCAGUUGUUGAUCGUAUACCUGGCCAAUUAUUUGCUGGUACUUUAGGAUUAUUGAGACCAGCUCAAGCUGCACAAGCGGCUAAGGAUAAGAAGUACGGAAAAGAGCCAUCAAUCCAACAACCGAAGGCACCUAAAAUUGUCUGGUUUAAACCGACCGAUAAGAAAGUACCUUUAAUUGCUAUUCCAACGGAACAAGCUCCAAAGGAUUUUGUAGAGAAUCACGAAAAAUACGCUGAUCAGUUAUUUGUUGCUUCGAUUAAGAGAUGGCCAAUCACCUCAUUGCAUCCAUUUGGUACAUUAGUUAGUAAAUUAGCCAAGAUUGAUGAUCCUGGAACGGAAAUCAAUUCGAUUUUGAGAGAUAACAAUUUCUUAUGUGAUGAAUACCCCGAGGAUGAUGAUAGUGGAAUUAUAAGCUCGUUUAUCAAUGAUUUCCCAAGUAUUGAAUCUGAAUUAAACAACGUGAGCAGGACAGAGUACUUGAACGAUUACAUUAUAUCGUUUUCUCAAAAUGGAGAAUUCGUCGAUCACGCUUUGCACGUCAAAAGACUUUCAGAUACUAAGAUUGAAUUAGGGUUCCAUGCUGCUGAUAUCGCUUUUUAUGUUAAACCUGGUUCUGUAUUAGAUCGAAAGGCAAAAAAGAGAUCAUCAUCCGUCUUUUUACCUCAGAAAAUUACUCAUUUGUUCCCGCAACAAGUGAAUAAUUUGAUUUCCUUCAAGGAGAAUGAAAGAAACUUAGCACUCUCAGUUGUCUUUGAAAUUGACACAACUAACUUUGAAGUUGAAGAUCUUUACAUUCAUGAAUCUAUUAUUGUACCUAAACAAAUUGUCAAGUAUGAAUCUUUUGAUCAGAUUUUAGAUGGAAAGCAGGUUACUAAUAUCUCAUCUGCAACCUCAGAUUAUAUCAAGACGUUUGGCUUGAUUGCGAAAGAGUUCCGUCGUCAAAGGUUAGCUGACAAGGAGUUAGGUAUCACCCCAAACUUGACUCUAUUGGAUCAAUUAGAUGAUGAAAAAGUUAAUUUACAUUUGAAUAUCUUCAAGGAUAGUCUUUCGUUUGACAUUGUGAAUGAAAUUUCUCAUAAAGUGAAUAAUGCCAUUGCGGCAAAGAUUCAUGCAAGCCUAGGAGACCAGGCUUUAUUACGUCGUCACUCAUUACCAACAUUACAAAAAAUGGAGACCUUUGUAAGAAGGGCAACUAAUUUAGGAUUCAAGAUUGAUACAACUAAUUCUUCAACUUUACAAAGAUCCAUCUUAAGAAUUCAAGAUCCUGUUAAAAGACAAUGUGUUGAAAUAUUAUUGUACAAGUGUAUGUCUAGAGGCAAAUACUAUGUGGCGGGAAAGCAAGAUCCAGACAGCUAUGGUCAUUAUUAUUUCAAUAUUCCAUUAUACACUCAUUUUACAGCUCCAUUAAGGAGAUAUGCAGACCUAAUUGUUCAUAGACAAUUGAAAACAGUACUCAACAAAACAGAUGAAGAUAAAUCAGUAGAUUUGGAUGCAUUAAAGGCAACAGCUGAUUACUGUAACUUCAAGAAAGAUUGUGCUGCUAAUGCUCAAGAACAGGCAAUUCACUUAUUAUUAUCCCAAACUAUUAAUGAAAUCAGUGAAAGUGCGGGCCAAUUAUUGUGUAUGGGUACAGUCAUUCAAGUUUACGAAUCAUCUUUUGAUGUAUUUAUUCCUGAAUUCGGUGUUGAGAAGAGGGUUCACGGGGAUCAGUUGCCAUUAGUCAAAGCAGAAUUCGAUAAAUCUUCUAGGCUCUUGGAACUUUACUGGGAAAAGGGUGUCGACUCGGCUACAUUUAUUCCACAAGAUGAACAGACUUCUUUGUCGUACAGAUCGUCCAUCAAGAACAAAUACAGAACUUCAUCAUUACAGGCAGCAAAGAUGCAAAGCAAGACUUUAUUGGAAAAAAAUAAUGUUAUGUCUGAUUCAAUUAUUCAGAAAUUAACCAAAUUGAACUUGGAAGUUCCAAAUAUAUCCAUUCCUUCGAUAAGUAAAUCCGAUCUAGAAUCUAGAGAUUUGAACACAAGAUCAAUGCCAUCGUCGCCAACUAGGUCGUCUUCUUUCCCGAAGAAUGUCAGAACUAAUUCAUCAUCAUUGAUUAAGUCAGACUCUGCUAAUGGAGCUAGUGAUAUCGACGCAUUAGGUGGCUUGAAGCCAUACUUGCAAGACCUUAUUACCAGGGUUGACAAUGGUUCAUAUAUUCAAGAGAUCAGAGAGUUGACACAAGUGCCAAUCCUUAUUAGGGCUGAAAUAGGCAUGGCUUUACCCUGCUUGACUGUUCGUGCUUUGAAUCCAUUCUGUGAGUAA